AUGAAGGCGGCUUCCAAGCCGAAAUUCCAGCCUGUUGCUGGAAGAACGACGCUCUCUGGCAGGAUCACGAAACAAGAUCGAUACGCGUCCCAGAAGAGCCACUCAUUCCUCAGCGCCCUCACCUUCCGACCGAAGCAAGAUUCCCCCGUCGUCCAGACCCAGAUUGCAAACCAAGCCAACGAGUGUCCAUCCCAGAAUGCGGACUCACCCAACAACACCCUCCCCUCCCCUGUGAAGCAAGUUUCUCCCAUCGUCGACCUCUCGGUUGCGAUGCAAGCCAUCAAUCUACUCUCUGAGACAAAAAAGAAGUACCCUUUCAAGCUCCGUAAAGCUAUUCCUAAGGCUGGUUUUCGAUUCCCAGGCGAGACCAAAGGAAAGCGGUCGAUUCUGGGCAGAUGGGAGAAUGAAAACAAGGUUGCCUGGGCUUUGUGCGCUGAUAUGAACCACAUUGACGAUAUGGAAAACAUCGACAAGAACGUUGUGCAGAAAGUCGUCAGCCCAGUCUUCUACAAGGCGGCCGAGAUGAUUGAGAAUGGAUACCUGUGGGGCCUAACCAGACGUGAGGACAUCACACGGGGAGAAGGCCGUCGCAUCUGGAAGCGCUUCUUGGCGAAGCUGUGGGUUGAAAGCCCUAUGAAGUGGCCGCAGAGGCUCACCCAGAAACAGUUCUCACAGUUUGUUUCUUCUCUGGCAGAGGCCCAUUGGGCAUGGAUUCUCCAGCCCAGGACAGAUGGACGGGAGCAUGGUCUGCUGGCUAAGCAAAUCUCCUUGUUCUUGCAGGCGGCGGACGAGGCUGACUUCCCUUGGGCGAAUGGAGGAGACGUCUUCCUUGCUGAUGAGGAGGACAAUGAGGAGCUGGAUCAUGAGGAGCAGGACUGUGAUGAGCAGGACUAUGACGAGCAGGAUUAUGAGGCACACGAUCAGGAGGAGUAA